UAGUAGUCGCAUGUUUUUGUUAGUCGCUGUCAGUUAUUGUGCGGGGAUCGUUUAAGGGGCGCACAAAUGUUAUUAAUCACCCUGCUGAGUAGCACCGGUUCUUCCUAGGUCUUCGUCGGUCCGUGGCGCUGCUCUCCGAGUCCGGCUUAUUUCGUUGAACCCGUUUCGCCCGACCAGUCACAACACACAGUUCUGCUCGUGACCGACCACGCUGUGCAGUCCACGUGGAACGCCGCGCGCACGGACUCUACUCCCCAAUGGACACACGAUGGACAAUGAAACCUAAUGAUGCUGAAUGGUCAUUGUCUCUUGAACGAGAGUGCUGCCAGUGAUGCCAAUGUGUGUAACGACGACGACGACGACGUGGACUCUCACGGGUUCGUUUAUUGAAAAUAUGUGCGACCGCGAGAACCCGAGGAGCAAUUGCCGCUGAUAUGAGAUGAUUGUUUUUAUUGCCAUCAACAAUUGGCAGUUUAUGGCUACAUUGCUGUGGCACUGCUCCGGACUCACAACUGGAACGGAUCCAACAACGUUGCGGUAGUGUAAAGCAGUAACAUAAAUUACGAACGUUUACUAUCAUGCCGCAAUAAAACGUAUAAAAUACAGCAGCUAAAUUGCUCAACGGAAAAACCUAGACGAAAAAAUUACGGAUUAAUUUACAUAACUUCAACUAAAUGUGGAUUUAUUGCAUCUAAAUGGAUAUAAAUCUAGCUCAGGGGAUUAUAAUUCAGUGAUUUAUGUAGUUUUUAUUCUGUGUUUCGCUUUGUUUUCGGCUGCCUCACACUCACCUACUUGCUGGAUACAAUGAGAAAAAAUGAGAUCCAGCGGAAAAUAUUGCUCUCCGCAGUGUGAAUGAAAUUAUGGCCGUGAUUACCACCGCUGCCGCUGCUGCUAUGGAUAAAUUUAUGUAUUUUCCUUCGGGCUACAGUGCGCAGUGAUUUUAUGUUUGUGCUACAUAUCAAAGUGUUGUUGUGCUGUGUGUGAAAAAUACGGUGCGAUGCCAAUUUAUUGCGCGCGCCAUCAUCAUCAUCCUCCACCCUCUGAGCCUGUGUCUGCAAUCACAUGUCAGGCUGUGUGAAGUGAAAGCAAAAGUGACAACAAACAAAUAACAAGCGAGGAAAUCAGAUUUAUUACGGCACGCUGAUUUACGGGAAUUACUUCAACUUUACACAGUGUGCGCAGUGAGCUCGUGGUGUGGUCCCUGUGAUAAGCGCAUUAAUCACCUGAAAGCAGCAAGCGAGUGAGAAAGUUCUCACGAAUUUGUGCGAGGUGAUAAAACCAGGACCAGGAGGACUACAUCGCAGAUCCAGGUGCUGAUAACGGCCGCUACAAUGUUGACGUCCAGCAAUCAGUACAUUCGACCGGAAUACUUGUCUCCGUUGCCGAACACGUUUGAUUCCAAAACUAGCCCGCUGGCGCUUUUGGCGCAGACGUGUAGUGCCAUCGGAUCGGAUUCACCCAACCCGAAGCUGCUAGCCAACAUAGAGAAGAGUACAAAGGGUAGUCGCGACAAGUUGUCUCCGGGUACGCUGUCGAGCGGAUCAUCCAACGAUACACCCAAGUCAAGCUUUAAGCCAUACGAAUCAACCUCAUCGGUGGUGCACGAUCUGGCAAAGUCACAACCGGAAGACGGACGCCAUCAACCUAUUACAAGGAACAAAUCUCCAAAACAUCCCAAUACCAGCACGGCGCAACCUCCCACAAAUGGGCGCUGUGAGUCGAACCAAAGUGCAACGUCGUCACGAGCUUCACCCUCGCUGGCGCACAACAGCCGAAGAACUCCUAGCGGUGCCAAGGAGCGUCACUCAAGUCCGAACCGAACCCCAUCCAAAGAAUCGCCGAAUUCGGCCCACAACGAUAUGGCCACAGAGUACGCUUCGACUUCCAAAGCCGAAAACGCAACCAGGAGUACGACGAGCAGUGAAAGCCUUCCGAAGCCAGCAACCUCAACGGUUCCAACUUCGGUAUCCAUUGGUCCACCUUACUACUCACCGUACGGGAGCUUCCCGAUGGACGUAAUGACCGCCAGUGCGCUAAUGUCUCCCCACCAUCAGAUGCUGAAAGCAGCCACAAUGAACUCCUACUACAACUACUCCAAAAUGAAGGCUGCUGAUUCAUUGAUGCCCGUGUGUCGAGAUCCAUACUGUACCGGGUGUGCCUUAAGCUCUCACAUGCUGGGUAAAGUCGGAUCGUCCGGCUGCCCCGCGGGUUGUACUCAGUGUGAUCAUCCAGGAAGCAAAAACUACCAAUCGUCUGCCGCAGCGGCUGCGUCCCUCGCCGUAAGUCAAUCCUCAGCUGCAAUGUACGCACAUGCUCAGCUUGCGGCCCUGGCCGCGGCCUCCCAGCUGCCUUACGUGUGCAACUGGAUCGGAAGUGAUUCGUCCUACUGCGGCAAACGGUUCGCAGCUUCCGACGAGCUGUUCCAGCACCUCCGAACGCAACAUGCCGCCGCUGCAUCAAUGUCCGAGGCUCUACUCAAUCCGGCGACUGCAGCUGCGGCCGCCGCAUCGCUGCCACCCACUCAUCCACUGUUCCAAAGAACCUACCCGACACCUCCUCUGAGUCCGCUCUCCUCGGCGCGGUACCACCCGUACGGUAAGCCAUCGCUGCCGCUGCCACCGUCCAUGGCCGGACUGCCGAUGCCGCAUCCAUCGUUAGCGCAGUAUUUCUCUCCGUACGCGUUCUACGGAGCGCGUUUAAACGGGUCAAACAAUAUGCACCCAUGAGGUUGUCUGAAGAUCUCAUGCCCAGUGUAGUCGCUAUCAGUUUGUACAUAUUUUUACUCUGUUUUUCUUCGUAUCAAGUUUAAGUCACAGAAAUAACAUUGACGAGCUAUAGGUACUCUAUUACAAGAUUUGGAAAGAAGGCUAAAAAAUAAAACUAUUUUCUUGGAA